GGAGGCGGAGCUGCGCGUUUUUGAAAGUGGCGGGCAGGAACUCUUCUAUUUUGGUGAAGAGACAUUAUCUGUAAAAUCAACGGAGUUUUAAACGGCACACGGUGGCUUUAUCGUGUCUUAUGUGGCGGGAGUCCACUGUCACCGUGAGCUACCGACUGCCGUUAUCGUCCAAAGUCCUGGGUAAAACCUGAAAAAGCUGCUGAGCGGAAUCUUUCACCAUGACGAAUGAAGGCGCUAAGGUGAUCCCGGUGCGCGUCGCCUUGAGAUGUCGCCCGCUGGUGCCAAAAGAGAUCAACGAGGGAUGUCAGUCCUGCCUCACGUUCAUUCCUGAUGAGCCACAGGUGAUCGUCGGCACAGAGAAAGCAUUCACAUACGAUUAUGUGUUCGACCCCGCUGCUGAACAAGAGGAAGUGUUCAGCACCGCCAUCUCACCUUUACUGCGUGGACUUUUCAAAGGUUACCAUGCCACUGUUUUGGCGUACGGCCAGACAGGGUCAGGAAAAACCUACUCAAUGGGAGGAACGUACACAUCGGCGCAGGAAAACGAGCCUUCGGUCGGAGUUAUCCCCCGAGUCAUUCGGAGGAUCUUUGAGGAGAGAGAAAAGAGAGCAGACUCUGAAUUCUGUCUGGCUGUAUCGUAUCUGGAGAUAUAUAAUGAAGACAUAUUAGAUUUGCUGUGUUCCUCUAAAGAUAAACCAGCCAUUAGCAUUCGGGAGGACCCUAAAGAAGGCAUUAAGAUUGUUGGGCUGACUGAGCAGAAGGUGUUUACCGCCCCGGAGAUGGUGGGUUGUCUGGAAGUCGGGAACUCCGCGCGUACGGUGGGGUCCACGGCCAUGAACGCGGCCUCUUCACGUUCCCACGCCAUUUUCACGAUCACACUGGAGCAGCGGAGAGGAUCAGACAAAGUGGAUUCGAUUGUUUCAAAGCUGCACCUUGUCGAUCUGGCCGGGUCAGAGAGACAGAAGAAAACCAAAGCAGAGGGAGACCGUUUAAAAGAAGGAAUCAGCAUCAACCGCGGCCUCUUGUGCCUGGGUAAUGUGAUCAGUGCUUUGGGUGACGAAAGCAAGAAAAACACCUUUGUUCCCUACAGAGACUCCAAACUCACCCGUCUGCUGCAGGAUUCUCUGGGAGGAAACAGCCACACUCUGAUGAUUGCAUGCGUCAGUCCUGCAGACUCCAACAUGGAGGAAACCAUCAACACGCUGCGCUACGCCGACAGAGCGCGCAAGAUUAAGAAUAAACCCAUUGUUAACGUCGACCCCAGAGCAGCAGAAAUGAGCCGACUGAAACAGCAGGUGCAAGAGCUGCAGGUGAUGCUUCUGCACGCGCGAGGCGGAGUCGCUCCUGUGCUCUCCGGGCCCAGUUCAGCCGAGGACGUGGGCAAGCUGCUGGAGAAGAACCGCGCUCUCCAGGACGAGAACAGCAAGCUGUGCCGAGAGCUGAGCGAGGCGGCGGGACAGACGGCCUUCAUGUUUGAGAAGAUCAUCAUGACGGAACAAACUAAUGAGAAACUGCAAAGCAAACUGGAGCAGCUUCAGCGCCACGCAGCCUGUGCUGUUGAUCUUCAGAAAGUGAUGCAGUCACUGGAGGACCAGGAGUUAAAGGAAAAUGUGGAGGUGAUGAAGAACUUACAAGAACUCAUCUUGGAGCUCAAGAACGAGAGCGUCUGCAUAUCUGCCUCCAUCGACGCCAUGUCUGCGAGAGAGGAAGUGCCCGAGGCGGCAGCGGGCGGCAGUAAAAAUCCACCCGAGCAGUCUGCAUCAGAUUCCCCAGAGGCUUUCACAGCCAACCAUGCUCUGAGACAAGCCCAGCUCUCCAAGGAGCUCAUAGAGCUGAACAACGUGUUGAGUUUGAAGGAAGCUUACGUGAGGAAAAUGUGCCAGAACGACAGCCAGCUGGAGCCCAUGCAGUCAGAGCACCACAAAAACGUCCAAACUCUGCAGUCGGCCGUCGAUUCUCUGCAAAAGGAAAAAGAGGAAUUGGUUUUAGCUCUUCAGUCGGCUAAGAAAGACACCAACCAGGCAAAACUCAGCGAGCAGCGGAGGAGGAGACUACAGGAGCUGGAGGCUCAACUUGUAGACAUGAAGAAGAAGCUGCUUGAUCAGUCGAAGCUGCUGAAACUCAAGGAAUCCUCGGUUCAGAAAGUCAGCAAGCUGAUGCAGGAGAUUCAGGCUAUGAAAUCGCAGCGAAUACAGCUGAUGAAGCAGAUGAGAGAAGACGGUGAGAAAUACAGGCAGUGGAAGAACAAGAAGGACAGGGAGGUCCUGCAGCUGAAGGAGAAGGAUCGUAAACGGCAGUACGAGCUGCUUAAACUGGAGAGAGAUUUCCAGAAACAAGCCAACGUCCUGCGGCGUAAAACCGAGGAGGCAGCAGCUGCUAACAAAAGACUGAAAGAUGCCUUGCUGAAGAGAAGCGAAGCUGCGGAGAAACGCAAAGAUGGCCAUAACCGAGGCAUGGAGGGAGCGGCCGCGAGAGUCAAGACGUGGCUGCUGAACGAGGUGGAGGUGAUGGUGAGCACGGAGGAGGCGCGCCGCCACCUCAACGACCUGCUGGACGACAGGAAGGUCCUGGCUCAGGAGAUCAACAACCUCAAACAGCAGAUCGAGGCCGGGGAGAAACCUGCUCCUAAAAUCAGACGUCGGACUCUGAUCAUCUCUGAGCUGGAGACCCGGGGGGCGCUGGAGACCCCGCUGUCCAAGCAGGUGGAGAACCUGGAGACAGAAAUGGGCCUGAGAAACGCUCAGAUCGCCGACCUCCAGCAGAAAGUCCUGGUCGCUGACGGCGAGGGGCGUUUAAAACAACGAGUCGACGGCCUCACCAGCAUAGUGGACGCAAAGAGCGCAGUUCGCGUUCUAAUGGCCGAGCUGGUGUCGGCUAAAGCAGCCUACUCCAAGCUGGAGGGCGAGCUGAAACAGGAGAAAGGAAACGCCCAGGAUUUGAGGAAGAUGCUGGCUGACGAGAGGAACGUGAUGUCCGCCAUGGACAUGGAGCAUCAGCAGCAGCUGGUGGAGCUGGAGCAGAGGCACCAAGAGAAGGUUCUUUACCUCCUCAACCAGCUGCAGAACAAACCCAUAUCCGAGGAGUCGGAAGAAGCGAAGCAGGAAGAGGAGACGAGCUCAAAAGAGAGGGAGCUUCUCCAGCGCCUCAAAGUCCAGGAAGAAGAGCUCGAAAAGUUACGAACAUUAAGCGAACAGCACCAGAAACUAAUGGAGCAGAAUGAGCAAUACAGACAGAAACUUUCGUUGCUCCACUUGGCAAGUGAGAAGAAAGUUCUUGCACCUGCCGUUAAGAAUGAAACAACCCCAGACGACUCAUUCGAGUACGUUCCUCCAAAACCCAAACAGAAGAGGCUCACCACCGCCAAGGCAGCUGUGAGCACAACCAUCAACGUGACAGAGCUGCUGUCCCCCAGCGAGGACGAUGACGAGGACGAAGUGGACGAGUGGCGUCCCGAGAAUGCCGAGAAGGCACGGAGGGCCCCCAAGAAGCCUAAACUAACCGGGUGUGCGUGCAAAGGUCGCUGCAGCAACAAGCAGUGCAGGUGUCGCAAAGGGAAGAUGACGUGCGGCGAGAACUGCCAGUGUGAUCACGAGAAGUGUCGAAACCUGGACAGCCAUGCGGCGGCCGCCGACGGAGGCAUCGCAGACGGCUCUUCUAGAGACUCUGCGUCGCUGCAGGACCCGUCCUGCGACAGCCCUGACAACGCCACCUUCUUCAAGCCUCCAUCUUGCACCCCGACUAAAAAGGUGCUGAAGGAAAUUGGAGACAUGGGCCAAAGCACCGCUGAGUUGAGGUUUCUAAGGAAACCUUCCUUGACAGAGGAGGAGGAAGGCGAGGAAGAGGACAACGAGGACAGAACGACGGUCAGCUUCCUGAAGAAGAAGAAACGGCUCCUGACCAGCUUUCAGAACAGUUUCUUCUCUGGCUGCACUCCCAUUAGAGAGGAAUCCUAAUAACUUCUGUUGUUUUGUUUUUUUCUUCUUCUAGUUGUCAGUGUGUUUUGUUUUUGUCAUAUCUUUUGUCUAUUUUCAUGUCAUCUACUGUACCGUGGAAGAAGCUGUAGAUUUAAACUCUUCUGUUCAGAGAGAGAAACUAACGGACGCUAAAUAGUUUUGAAGCAUCGACUGGAAUCCGUGCUGAUCAAGAACGCCUGCACAGAACUUUCAUUGUCGUCUUUUCCCUGACUGACGUUAAAAAGAAACAAUCCGCUGCCACUCAUCGCCUUGGCUUGCGGUCUUUAACCUUUGUAUGUGCUUUUAAUAUCAGAGCUGAAUAAAGUCUUAAAAUCACAUCUAGAUUUGAACAGAAACGACUUUUCUUCCCCCUUUUUUUUGUUCCAAAAAUACUAACUUUCUAAGCAUUGAUGAAGAAUGUUUUUAUUUAUCCAAAUUGUAAUUUCAUGUCCAGUUUUUCCGCUGUUCCGAGUCUGUUUUCAAAAUCACCAUUUCUUACGGUUAACUACAUAAAUUUAUCCCGUUUCUUCCACAUUGAGCUUGCAUAGAAUUAACAUGUAUUUUGUUUUGUUAUUAGGUAGGUUUAUUCAUCUGCCACUAAUGCUGUUAGAUGUCCCAUUUUCUAGAGGUUUUGUGUUUUAAUUGACUGGACAUCGGUCUGCUCUUUGACUGUCUCCUCAGCAUCACUAUUACUUGAAACCAUUGAUCUCAUCACCUAAAUGUGGGAUAACAUCAAUUUAG